AUGAAGUGGUUCCACGUCUGCAGGAGCUUGGCUAUGACUAUGAUCAUGGUGGAAAGUACGCGGACCAGCAGGCGAUCUUCAACAAACUUAGACUCGAAGACGUCAACGAGUACAGUGAAAAUCGACGAUGUGCAGCCUACUUUCCGGCCACGGAGUCCUAGAAGGCGAGAAGAACCAACAUCAUCUACACCUAGAGACAAUGUUCGAUCAAGAGCACGAAGUAGGAUAACAGAUACAUAUUCUUCCAACAUCGUCACUGAACAACCUUUAACCGAAAAUGGACGUAAUGAGCGUUUUGACUCUAGAAAGACAAAUAGGGUGCGUAGCCGACCAAUUGAAAGUGAGUCAAAUGCUAUCAAUGCUUACCCAAGUAGGGAGAUACCCGUGAAAAACAAAGCAAGACAAGUUAAUAGAAGAUUUCAGUAUGCUACGGAAACUUCUUCACCAUCGUCCACUGUUAAUGAUGAUGGCAAGACUAGAGAUAUGAAUAUUAGAAGAACCCAGACUACUUCUACAGAGGUUCCUUUAAGACUAUCCUCACCGAAUUUUGAUGAUAUUAAAACUGAAACUGUAGCAUCCACUUUUAAUGAUAUCACUAGAACAGUCCCAAAGGAAGAAGACAUCACAACAGUUCAGUUCAAAAGAAGGAGUUCAACCACUCCAACAAUAGAAACUGAAACUGUGGGUACUCCUAGGCCAACAAGAUCACGAGGACGUGUUAAUACAAGAGCAAAUGUGAAGCUAGAGGACAUGGCUAGUUCUGGAGCAACUUUAACGUUAUCUGAAACAAAUGCUCCCAUUGAAAAGCUAUCCGAAGAUCCAAGAAAAUCGCGAAAAUUAAGGUAUCGGACGCGCUUCGCAGAAACCGACACAAACUUAACCGGUGAAGGUAUUACAAACUCAAAUGAAAUAUCGAAAUCUGCUCGAAAAAAACAGUCAUUCAGCAGUGAAGCAGAAAACCGUACCUCAGCUAAUGUUAUAAAUGAGAAAAAAAUGGAGAGGCGAAGUGAACGCAAACCAUUAGUAUCACCAACUAUAAAGUCUAUGCGUGUUGUUAGGCGUCCAUUAUCACGACAAAAGGAUAACUCGGCGUCUUUAUCAACGUUGUCAAAAGUGAAAACUUCGGACGAGAUUGGUGACGAUGAUAACUACCCAGAAACUUUUAAAGCUUUGAUUCAAACUAAAAAUGCUUUGACACAAGUGAGCUCUCCAACCAGCGAGAGUUUAUCAGUGAAAGCAACACAUACAGUUAUUAAUACUAUAACACAAUCUUCACUGUAUUUCAACACGAGUCGUGAACCAAAUAAUAAUAUUACACGGCUUCGCAGUAAAUUAAACGUGACAGAAAAUGAAUUAAAGGGUGUAAUUGUAGAAGACAGUACAACAACGGAGUCUGCAUCAGAUACUCCUAAAUAUAAACCUCAACAAUAUCGGCUAAGAGGAACGUCUAACGGAGUAUCUACCGACACUCCGCUCAGUGAGAUAAAUGAAACACCAACUGCUGAUAAGAAAAUAGAAAACACAGUCGAAAUGCCUUUAAUAUUUACUUUAAUUAAUAAGCCAAAUAAAAAUAUCACCGCUGACAAUGGAUAUGAGUACAAUCAAAAUGACCAUAAAGGAGAGUUUUUAAUAGCUGUGAGCAGUAAAGAAUCGCAGGAGAAUAAAGUAGAAAAUGAAAUUAUUGCAAAGGGAGAAGAAAGUGAAAAUAAGCCUAUCAUUAAUGUUUUUGCAACGACUCAAAAGUAUCACUCAAAUUAUAAGGACCAAAAUCUUAUCGAUGGAGAAAAAGGUUCUACACCGGCUACACCUGCAAUAAGAAAUAUACAAACAAGAAAGUAUAGUCGUAAAAUCACUAAAACUAAAGAUAAAGUUGAAUCUACUUCCGUAAAUCCUGUAACGAAAGCUAAAGAAAAAACGUUACGAAAAUAUAGUGAUACCUUCUCAAAGACCACAGAGGCCUCAAAUAAUGGCAUAACAAUCGAUUCUGAAAAGCGUAAAAGCAGAUUCAGUUCUAAAUACAGAGAGUCAUACCUUGAUAAACCGUUUUACAAACCUACAGUACCCACAGUGACACCAACAACAGUAGAGGGUGAAGAAAUUCAAUUAGGUCCAGACAUGAACGCUAUUUCUUUCACUCAAUCACGAAGUACAUUAUCUUCAGCAGACUUAAAACUCUCUGAGAGUUUAGUAAAACCAUCGCAUGUUAUGAACGUAGAAGCCUCAAAUCACUCACCAUCAGUUACUGUAUCUAUUUUUGAUGCUUUGGCUGAAAUUCUUACGUCCACACCCAGAAUUCAGUUAUCUUCAACAACAGAAGUACCGCAACAAUUUAUUACUGAUAGUGUUGUUAACAAACAAACACUUAAUGGCAUAUCUUCAUCGGCACCUAAUGUAAAAGAUAGCAGUUUCUUGGUUAUAACUACUGCCACAACUAAGCCGUUUGCUGAAAAAAGCACUGCCUCGCAUGUUUUGAGUUUACGCACUACUACAAUGCUACCCUCUAUUCAUGAGAUUCUGCUUAAUAGUUUAUCUUCGGCCACUAAAGAGGAAAUGGUUAUAUCAUCCAUGACAAGCUCUACUCGUGAACCAAGAAUAUUAACACUGGAUAUCGAUCCGGAGACAAAACAAAUCCGAACGGAAAAACCUGGUGAUGAAAAAGGAAAUACAGUUUUUAAAUUUAUACCAAUUGACGAAGUUACGGCAUUACUGAAUCAAGUGGUAGUGACGCCGAAGGCUAGACGGACGACGACACUUCCUCCGCCGCCACCGGCACCACGGAGACCGAUUCUGGACGGCUUGGCUUGGCUUUGGCAGCAAUGGAGAGAUACAGCACCGGGCAGCGGCGAUGGAGGUUCCAGGACGAAUAAUAGACGGCCAGCUCCGUCAUCCAGGCCUUCUGUGCCUCCUUCAGCAACUCCACCUCCUAGAGCCAACUGGUUCGGCUCCGGACCGUUCGUUGGCAACGCCGAUGACAGACCGUCCUCGAAUCGAAUACCUCUGGAGCCUCCGCGCGCCGUGGCGGCUGAGCAGACGCCGGGAAGGGGGCAACUUGUGUCUGCCGCAAUAAACGUUACGCGGGCUUUCUCCCAGUUCCUCGGGGCCGCGAUACAGGGAGCGGCUCAGACGGUGCAAAACGUGAUAAGAGCCGGCCAGAAAGCCGCCACGGAUGUGUACACCAAUGGCUCCGGA